AUGAUUCCACAUCCGGGCACCCAUCAGCCCACCGCACCCCUACCCCCACCGCCGCCGCCGCAAAGUGAAGACUACAACAUGGAGCUCUCCGACGACCCCAUUUCCGACUCCGACGCGCAGAACACUCCUCUCCCCGCACCAACGUUCGAUGAGUACGCGGACCUACAGUACCCUGUCGUCCGGCCUUCACCAGGACCACGAUAUGAAGGGCAAACAGAGGAUGAGGAAGAGGACCUCACCCUUCAAUCCCCACUCUACCCAGUCCCGGAAUUCGAAGAGAGACCAGAUGAUGAGCACGAAGACCUCACCCUUCAAUCUCCGCUAUACCCAGGCUCAGAGUUUGAGCAACCACCAGAUGAGGCAGAGGAAGAGGAUCUCACCCUCCAAUCCCCACUCUACCCCAAUUCAGAGUUCGACCACCCACCAAACGACCAAGUCGAAGACGAGCAAAUGUCCAUCGCCCCCGCGUCACCAGGCUCAGGCGGCCUGUUCGUGCGAGACGAGACAGAAGCACAGAACUUUGAGGCGGCGUUGGCCUGGGAGGACGAUGGUACACAGCAGUCCGUCGCUGAGUCUGAGCUCGGACAAGAGGAGGAGAGGCCGGACAGUGGAGAAGAGGAUGCGAUGACAUUUAUUGCGUCUCCUUCUGCUGCACCGUCGUCGGCUGUGCCUACUUCGGCGGGUACGGGUCUGUUUGUGUCGGAUGGGAGUGAGACGAGGGGCUUUGCCGGGGCUUUGGAGUGGGAAGAGGAGUGGGAGGAUGAUGAUGAUGACGAUGAGGAGAUGGAGGAUGAAGGAGAGGGUGGUGUCGAGGUUAGGAGGCGGUAG